CUCGUGUGCCAGAGUCACGCGGGCGCAGUUCACUUUUUUCACGAGGCAAGGUCAGAACUGACACUGAAAUAGUUAAUGCAGCAACUGGACCAAAGUAAUGCGGCGCUGCUUCUCGUGAUUGCCAAUCUGCUUCACAUCAAACCCGCCAUGAAUGUCAUGUCUUGGGAGAGAUCUAUCCACCGACCUCAGCGCAUACUAUGUUAAAGCUAGUAUAUCUCCCCAACCAUACCUUAUCGUGGAGUUCUUGAGCUGAGGUGUUCUUGAGUGCGGCUUGUUUUAUUCUUUGUGACCUUGUCAUUCAUGAAGAUGACACUGCAAACAAAAUAAAUGUUCUGCGAUAGCGUUGAUUGACAUCUCUGGCUGCAGGCACUGCAAGAUGUACUAUAACAUGCAGGCAAAUGACAAACUGAAUGAUGAGCAGAAUGCCUUGAUUUUGCCUUUGACAUGCUUGUGUAAGUGUGUAUAGUAUGUUUUGUAUGCAACUGGAGAAUCAGUUUAAUGAUGCAGGAUUUAGGAACACAGAGCAUGUGAGCACCUUCUUUUUGAAUGAUACCAGAUACCGAGUAAUGCUCUUCGGGACAAAGCCGGAGUCUGACUGAUUGUUAGAAGUAGCAGCUGUUUCAAUUUGACCUGUUCGGUCUCUGCAGUGAUGUCACUAUCUUGUGUGCAGUGGGACGGGAUGUGACUAAUUGGCAUACAACUUUCUGUCACGGUUGCAUCGAGUGGACUUUCAGAUACAUCAUUAUGCCUCUGCGGAGUGGGGAAACAACGGAUGGGGUUUCGCUCAUGUGUGAAUGAGCGUGAAGACAGACAGACCGACACAGACGGAACGAUGCCUGCAGAGAAAAUGGAGGAUUCUGGGAAGGAGGAGGGAAUUUCCAACGGCGAUGGGGUGGUCUAUGAAGAGAACGAGGUGGAAGAGAGUGUCAGGCCUGAGGACCUGUCGGAGCUGCUGGCUGCAGGGACCAAGGAGUCCCACGAGAAGGCGGAGAACACGCAGUUUGUCAAGGACUUCCUCAGGGGCCGGAUCCGCAGGGAACUCUUUAAGCUGGGCACGGUGGCCCUGUACUUCACCUACACGGCCAUGGAGGAGGAGAUCGAGCGGAACAAGGAGCACGCCGCCAUCGCGCCGCUCUACUUCCCCGCCGAGAUCCACCGGCACGAGGCGCUGGCCCGGGACCUGGAGCACUUCUACGGGGAGGACUGGGAGAGCCAGGUCAGCUGCUCCCCGGCCGCCCAGCGCUACGCGGAGCGCAUCCGCGAGGUGGGGCGCUCCGACCCCGCCCUGCUGGUGGCGCACGCCUACACCCGCUACAUGGGCGACCUGUCGGGCGGGCAGGUGCUGAAGAAGGUGGCGCAGAGGGCCCUGAAGCUGCCCGCCACGGGCGAGGGCGUCAACUUCUACCAGUUCGACGGCAUCCACAGCGCCAAGGCCUUCAAGCAGCUGUACCGCAGCCGCAUGAACGAGCUGGACCUGGACCGGCCCACCAAGGAGAGGAUCGUGGCCGAGGCCAACCUGGCCUUCCAGUUCAACAUGGAGGUGUUCUCUGAGCUGGAGGAGAUCGGGAAAACCCUGCAGGAUGAAGUUCUGGAUGCAGGGAUGCCCGUUCACGGGGACAUGCAGGGAGACAUCAACAAAUGCCCCUACUACGCUGCCAAAAUGGCGGCCGGCGGGGGAGCAUCGUACGUCUGUCAGGCGGUCACGGCUGCCCUCAGGCAUCCCACCGGUCAAGUCCUGCUGGCCGCCUGGGUCGCCGCCCUUGCCGGAUUGGUCGCCUGGUACCUCAUGUGACCCGGCAUCGUCAAACAGCCAAUCGCAGCCCUCCAAGAAGCAAGCAAGGAAGGAUGACUGGAAAGGUGGGGGGAGGGGGUGGGGGGGGGGGUGGAGUUUAAAGACUUGGGUUCAUGGACCUCGAAUGGUUUCCUCCCUCCAUUUCUCAGUCCCGCCUCUUUCCGCUGACGUCACUAGCCCUUCCGCCCUGUCCAGUCAUGUUCACCGGCCACCUCCCAUAGUCCCUUGUGGCUGUCACAGGCUGUCACAAAAA